AUGGGUUUCGAAAGGGAGGAACUAUUUAAGCCCCAACCAAACAAUAAAAAUAUUGACAUGCACAAUCUUAGAAAAGAAUUGUCACUAGGACUUCAUAAUUGUACUAAUACUGAUAGAUGUUUAGCAUGGAUGAUCACUUCAGGAUUAGUAUCUCCAGCUCCAAGUGAAUGGAAGGAUCAGAUUUUACUCCACUAUAAAGACUAUAUGGCUUACAUUCGAACAUUCCAUAUCGAAAAAUUCGAAGAACAAAUUUUCGAGAAUUCUGAAUCAAAUUUCGGUUUACCAGAUAAUAAGUUAAUGGAUGUUAUUCAUAGAGAUAUCGUACGAACCGGAAAUCAAAUUACUUGUUUUCCUAAUCCAGAUCCAUCAAUUCCAAACCCAAAAAACAGCACUUUAAUACCAUUUUCAAGACAUAUACGAAGAGUAGAAAGAGCCUUAUAUGUAUUUGGUAAACUCAAUGCAGGCCUUGCUUACAUUCAAGGAUUUAAUGAAAUCAUUUGUCCUUUAUACUAUGUUUUCUCUUCCGCUGCAGAUUUUUUCGAUAAUGAUUAUUCAAAGGUCGAAGCCAUGGUUUUCUUUAUGUUUCAACAAUUAUUUUCAGUGACUCAAUUAGGAGACUUAUAUAUAACAAAGGAUCAUUCGAGUUUUAUACUAGCCAAAAUGGCCAAAUUUAUGAAUGUUUUAUCAAAACAUCAUUCUUACGCCGCAAGUAUCAUUAUUAAAGUUAAUAUUCCACCAAUUAACUUUGCCCUACGAUGGCUAAACAUACUUUUCGCUCAGGAUUACGCUCUAAACAAACUUGUUUUGAUUUGGGAUUCUUUAUUUGCUCAUUUUUAUAAUUUUAUAGAAUAUUCAUAUUAUCUCGCAGUUUCUCAUUUGGUCCACUUCACUUAUGAGCUCAGACCAGAUGACUUCAUCUCAACUAUGUGCGCAUUGCAGAAAAAGCAUGAUAUCGAAGUUAAUAGUUUAUUAAAGUUAGCCAAUAGGCUUUGGCUUUCUGAUCAUAUCAAUGAACCGCAUGCCAUUUAA